AGCGGCCUCGGGGAAGACAGAUGGGGUGAGAGACAGCGCGGGUCCGGCUGUCAGCGGCCGAGCCCCGCCGCGGAGGGAGCCCCUCCUCCCGCUGUGCGCUCCCGGCCGGGGCAACCAUGGCGUCCAGCGAGGAGGACGGAGGCGGUAACGGCGCGGUGGAGGAGAAGGGCAAGAAACGGAAGCUAGGCGCCCUGGCCACAGCCUGGCUCAUCUUCUACAACGUCGCCAUGACCGCGGGGUGGCUGGUAUUAGGUAUUGCCAUGGUGCGGUUUUAUAUACAGAAAGGAACACAUAGAGGCUUAUUCAGAAGCGUUCAAAAGACGCUUAAAUUUUUCCAGACAUUUGCUUUGCUUGAGGUAGUCCACUGUGCAGUUGGAAUAGUUCGCACAUCUGUGCUUGUGACUGGGGUCCAAGUGAGUUCAAGAAUCUUCAUGGUGUGGUUCAUUGCACAUAGUAUAAAACAGAUCCAGAAUGAGGAGAGCGUUAUUCUUUUUCUGGUGGUAUGGACUGUGACAGAGAUUACUCGAUAUUCCUUCUACACAUUCAACCUGCUCAACCAUUUGCCAUACUUCAUUAAAUGGGCCAGAUACAACUUUUUUAUCAUUUUGUAUCCUGCUGGAGUUGCAGGUGAACUGCUAACCAUAUAUGCUGCUUUACCCUAUGUGAAGAAAACAGGAAUGUUUUCACUGAGACUUCCCAACAAAUAUAAUGUCUCCUUUGACUACUAUUACUUCCUUAUUAUUGUCAUGUUCUCCUAUGUGCCAUUAUUUCCACAACUCUACUUCCACAUGCUGCGGCAGAGAAGAAGGGUGCUCUAUGGAGAAGUGAUUGUGGAGAAGGACGAUUGAAUCAAGAUGUGUAACUAUGGUGCUUUUAGUGGAAAACAAAAAAGAGGGUAAAACCUCAAUAUUUCCUGUGAUUUUUCUGAGUCCAAGUUUUAAAACAUGGAACAAGAAUAAACAACUGUGCAUAAAAUA